AGAGGAGCCUGGGUGCCUCAUUUCUGAAGUGAGACUAGGAAGAGAAGAUGAACAAUUCCCUGGAUUAUCUAGCCUACCCUGUAAUCGUCUCUAAUCACAGACAGAGCACAACCUUCAGGAAGAAACUGGACUUUGGCCACUAUGUAUUUCAUAAGAAUAGAAUACAAAUAGUGAAGGCGACCGUCGAUACAAAACCUCCAGUGGCGCACACACAUCACAUUUUGAAACUGAGCAAACUACAGGGUGAACAGAAGCGAAUUGACAAAAUCGAAUAUGAAAACAAACAACUGUGUCAGAAGAUUGCAAAUGCCCAUCGUGGUCCUGCCAAGGUGGAUUGCUGGAACGAGUAUUUUUCCAAGAGCUUAAACAGAGAAACAAGGAACCGGGAACUCGUGAGAAUCACCGUGGAAAACCAGGGCAUUCUGAAGAGGCUUGGUGAUCGCAAACCCCACUAUGACCGCAGAAUUCAAGGCGCUACAUCAAAAAUACAACAAGAUAUCUUCUCUCCCGAGAUGAAUAGGUUCCUCACCAUGGAAAAGAUACAAGAGAAAGCCCUAGGAUUUCUUAGCUGCUUAGAAUUUCAAGACACUCCUAAGUGGCUGAAUGCUUAAUCUUAGGAUGCUACAAUAAAGCUUGGAACAUAAAAUGAGCCUCCUUAUGAUAUUCAGAGAAGAAAAGGUUUGCUAAGCAAAUGAAGAGCCUAAGAAACCAUUUGAAACAAAUGGUACAGACAUUAGAAGCUUUUCAAUAUGCAAAUCAUCCUGUUAGCGCCUAUGACCUAUAAUGUAAGGGCCUCAAUUUGGAAACACUGGCAUUAAACGUUUAUGUACGCUCUGCAGCCCCCCCAUUCAAUAAAAUCACU